AUGACACUUAGUGGACGUACAGCUUCUCACCGAAGCUCACCGAGCAUAAGAGGCAUGGUAUAUGAUUGGGAUGCCCACGAGAAGCUAUGUUUUCAGCUCUACAUCAACGAGAAGAGGUCCCUCGAGGACAUCAUGGUGUACCUAAAAAUGCACCAUGACUUUGCGCCCUGCAAACGAGCCUUCCAGACCCAGUUCCGCAAGUGGGAUUUCCCGUCCAAGCAGAACCCUGCGCACAAGAACGGCCGGCUGGUCGCGCGCGUCAAGGAGCUGUGGGAGCGGAACCUGACGCAGGGAGAGAUGCUGGCCGUGCUGAGGGAGGAUGGGUUCGACAUCAAGAAGCGCGAGCUGAUUCGCGUGAGGACGAAGAACCGGUGGCUUUUGAAGGCUGCGAAUGGGGAGCGGUCUAGGGAGGGUAAUGGGGAUGAGGAGGAGGUGGUAGCGGGUUCUGGUCGGCGGGGAGCAUCUGUGGUCACUGUCAACGACGGCUUUGGGAGCCGGGGUGGUGAGGGGGUUGUGACGCCUGGUACUCUUACGGAUCGGGAGAUGCUGGGGUCGUCGCUGCCAGGCGAGGGCGAGGGCGACGAAGACGACGACGCGGUGAGGGGCACGGAGAGCAACGGCAAUAACAGCAGCAACAACAGGAGGAAGAGGCGGCGGCUGCGAGCCUGGGAGGCCGCGUCAUCUCAUGAUUCACAACACUCCAUCGCCCCGCGCUUCCCUUCAGAGACCACGCUCGACGACGCAAAAGCCAUCCUCGGGUUGGAGACGGACGUAUAUCGUCAGGUGCGGGUCACGUUUGCGCAGCUCUGCGAGGAAGCCGGCAUCGUCAAGAAGACGAUCGCCGGGCCGGAGAGGUGGGAGGCCGUCAAAGCCCGGCUUGUGAGAGAGACGCCGCGGCUGAGAGCAGUGAUGUGGGACGACGAGGAGUCUGGGGAUGUGAACGGCAGCAGCAACAGCAACAGCAACAGCAGUAACAACCGCAGCAGUAACAACCACGAGUCCAAGAAAUUGGCGCUCGACGUUAUAUGUACGGACAUCACGAAGCGGGCGCGGACGCUGGAGAAGCGGCUCACGCUCGCCGAGGCGAAAAAUAUCCUGGGCGUCAACCCGGAGGAGGCGAGGGAUCUCCGCGCGGCGUUUGAGAGGAUAUUGAAGCGGGAGGGGCUCGGUUGCAAGUCUGAGGCGGGGCCGGCGCAGUGGGCGGAGCUGAAGGCGGAGUGGGAAGCUGGAUCGGAGCUGGUACGGCGGGUUCUCGCUGCGCCGGGGGACGAAGGAGACGGCGGUCCUCCUUCAGUGCAUGCUCACGCUCACGCUGAAAAGGUGCGGGCUUUAGAUGUUCUUGCGAAGGAUGUGAUGAAGAGGCUGAGGGAUGAUGCCUCGAGGCGGGAGCAGCCACAGAAACGAGGAGUCACGCAACUGACGCAACUAGUUCGCGACGACGCGAAACGGCAAGAGGAUGUCCAGGCAAUUCAGGUCCGGGCCCAGCCCGCACAGCCAGAAAUGGCUGAUGCUUUGGAAGACGAGGAUGACUUGGGCGGCGGCCAGUACGUCGAUGCCAGCCAGGUAUCCGUACCGCCGUCUAUGGGACUCGUGCCCGGCUCGGGGGCAAGCCAGCAGCCGCAGAUGCUCAUGCCCACCGUGUCGAUGCAGGUCCAGGCCGCCGCGGCCGCCGACCCGAUGAGCCACUCCGCGGCGAGGAUCCUCUCAUCGGCGCUCCUCGGGCAGCCGGACAUGGGGCUGGAAUCCCACCACAUGGGCUCGUCUCUCCUACUAGCAGCCGACGCGCAGGCGGCGUUUGUAGACCAGCAAUACGCGCAGCAAUACGCCGUAGCUGCUGCCGCCGCAGCACAGCAGCAGCAGCAGCAACAACAACCCGUCUUCCAUGCACCGUCGUCACCUCUACCACAGCACCAGCACCCGCAGCCGCAGCCUCCGUCUACCACGAGCAUAGCCGUCUACCUACGCCUCCACCCUUCCUCCACCUUCAUGGCCACUACGACCAUCUGGAUCGCGACGCUGAGCUCGCAUUCCGUGCAGGAGCUGCGGCACGCGGCGGCGAGUAAGUUCCCGGGGGCGAUUUGUCUACGGCUGGAGGGGGUGUUGAAGGAUGGCAAGGGCGGGGAGAUGCCGUUGGCGAUCGAGCAGGACGGGGAGCUUGCUGCGUAUUUGGCGCAUUUGAGGGGGGCUGCUGGGGGGCUUGGGACGCCGACGUUUAAUGUGCAGCUUAUCCCUGGAUGGAAGACUUAA